UGAGAGAAUAACAAAUGGGAGUGCCUUUAAUAACAAAAAUGACCACGUGUUUACUUCCUGUCACUGCACUGGUGAUCGAUAUGAUGAGUGAAGAGAUAUUCCUAGCAAAGGAAGAUGUCCAGGUCGAGAUAGAGCUCACUGAGGAUGAGGUCAUUAAAACAAGCAGAGGCACUCAAUGCUCAGCCACUCCCUCCAAUGGAACUGAUGACAAACCAGUUCUCAUCAGAGCCUCAAAAGAAGAGCUAAUGCAAAGGAUUGAUGCUUUCACUCGUUUUAAAAGAAAACAAAUCGACGUCUCAAACCAGCUCGAGUUUAGCCGUCGAACAGCAGCUACAGGUGACGAGGGAUGUGCCCGUACUGACAUUGAAUACCAUAGGAGACCUAAUCACGUUCGACAAGUGAAGAACAGUGAAGGCCCGAAUGACAGCAUACCAAAUCUGAGGGAGGAGCUAUGGGCGGAGCUAAUACUGGAAGGGAGAGACUACCCACGUCCUGAGAUUGGUAGCAAAAACGUUUUAAUGUUGGAAGAGAGAGUUCAGGAGUUGGAAGAGGCUCUGGAUUGCAAAGGGUCGUCCUCAACUGGUACGAGUCUCCUACAGAGAAUAAAGAGUUUAGAGACAAGAGUACUCCUAAUGGAGGGGACUAGUACAGAAUAUGCACUGCUAUCAAGGAAUAAGUGACGAGUCUCUCUUAUAGAUCCAGUGCUUUUAUUAUUGAUACACACACUAAUAAUGGCUUGAGACGUGAAGAACAAAUGACUCUAUCUCAUGCAAGCGGUACAUUGAAGGACAACUCACAAAGAUUUGUAUAAUUAUCCUGUGCUAUAAUAAUAAUAAUAAUAAUAAUAAUAAUAAUAAUAAUAAUAAUAAUAAUAAUAAUAAUGAUAAUAAUAAUCUUUAAAAAACAUUAAAUUUCACUAAUAAAUCUGAUUUGAGUUUUGACACAUGUCGUUGGUAAUUGCUAGUUAUGAUUAUAUGAUUUUUGACACAAAA